UGGAGUACCUAUUUUCUGGUUAAAUGCAUGUCGCAAAUUACGCUUUUGCUUGUUGUCAAAACCAAUUUGCUCGGACGAUUCGUUUAAUUUUUAUAAAAGGAAAUGCGCCCGUCGCGGUUGCUAAGAAGUUAAGUUUUUCGCGAGUGUAAAGUCGUUUACAACCAGACAUAGCAGGACUACCAUUCGAAUACCUCCGAGAACAGGGCUCCGGACAAUGGAUAGCAGUUCAUUUUUAAGCCAUCGCAUCUUCUACCCGAUCCCGUUCGCCUUGUGCCUGUUAAUUAUCAGACAUUUCCUCGAAAGAUACUGCUUCGAUCCUAUCGGAAUUGCGCUCGGCAUCAAUCCUCCGAAAGUAAUCUCUAGGAAAGACAACCCUCGGCUUGUAGGAAAAAUAAAGCAAACGGAUCUGUUGUCACCACAUCAAGCAAGGAGUUUGAAUGAUUAUUUAAUAUUUUUCAACAAUUGUUUGAAAUAUAAUUCAUUGGAAAAACAUAAAAUUAGUCGAUUUAGCAAGAGCUGCUGGCAUUUUUCUUACUACUUGGUAGAAUUUAUACAUGGAGUAAUCAUCCUGUGGGGCCAGCCUUGGUUUGAAGACCUGAAGGAAUGUUGGAUUGGACAUCCUCACCACAAAAUCACGGCGUCCCUUUGGAUAUAUUACAUGAUAAAUUUAACAUAUUAUUGGUCAUUACUGAUACAUUUGUUCGUGAACGAAAGGCGAAAAGAUUUUUUGGAGAAUGCGGUCCACCACACGAUCGCGAUGCUUCUGAUUUAUAUUUCGUUCGUGCUGAAAUUCCACCGUAUAGGAACCAUCACCAUAGUCGUAUUGUUCGUGAGCGACAUUUUCUUGGAGAUGGCUAAAAUACUCAAAUAUUUGAACAAGGAGCUUCCUUGUACCGUCUGUUUCGGUAUUUUUACUAUCGUGUGGACUGUUAGCAGGCUGAUUAUUUACCCAUCUUGGGUACUUAAACAAACGUUAAUCGUAGGGCCCAGUGAGUACAUAAAAAAGGUUACACUAAGCAUGUAUUUGAUGAAUACUUUGUUGUGCUUGGUAGGGUUGUUGAGUAUUUUUUGGACUAUUCAAAUAUACAAAGUGGUUUGGAAAGUCUUAAAUGGACAAGAACUUCAGGAUGAACGUUCAGACUCGGAAUCAGAAUGAACAUUACUUAAAUUAAGUAGGAAAAAAUUUAUUUAAAAUCAUUAAGUCCAUUAAUAAGUAUUGAUUUUAUCAUGUAAAUAUACGAAAGUAUAUUUUUUAGUGUCAUACUAGUUUUAACUAUGAUGUUUUCUAUUAAAAAUCUGUACCUAGUUAAAUGAAAACUAUAGUAAAAUUCAUACAUAUGUAAGGUUUGCAAUUUAAGCUUAAUAAGCACUUAAUAUUCUAGACUUAUUCAACUAAACAAUAAAUUGCAGAGAUAACAGAGCAAACAUUUAAUUUUAUAUCCUAAAACUCCACCGCAACGCAAUAAAAAGUAUUUUUAUUUUAUUUUCAUACAUUAACAUAAUAUAAGACAUAUUUGUGACUUACCUAUUCCAAAUAGUAACUGAAUCUACCUUCAUGAAUAAUUAAAUUAUUCAAUCAGAACUUUUUAUACAUGUAAAUGUCUCUUCUUUCCUAAACUGACCCUGUCCUGUUAAUU